GUCACGACUCUCCGGAUGUGACGUCCGGUAGCGCGCCUCGUUCACGCUCCCGUGGUGACGGAGCCUGUGCGCCGCUGCGCGAUGGCGGCGCCUUGUGCGGUGUGGCUCGGGGAUGUGGUGGAACUGGUGCCGUGCCCCUACGAUGUCCAUCAUCGCGUCCCCCCGGCGUCGCUGGAGAGGCACGCCGCGUCCUGCCGGCUCCGCAAGAUGGGCUACUCUGCCGAGGAGGAGGCCGAGAUGUACGACUCCAGCGUUUUCUACGAAAACCUGAAGGUUCCCACCGUCACCAUGGAUAAAGAUCUACAGUUUCACAUUGUUAAACAAGCUAGAGCUCAAAGUGCCGGAGAAGGCACAGGCUACAGCGAAGGAUCUUACUCAUUACUGCCUGUAGAAGUUCCCCAAAAUCACAAGCGUUUCACCUGUGACCUGACUCAAGCUGAUCGCCUUGCUCUUUAUGAUUAUGUUGUUGAGGAAACAAAGAAACAGAGGUCUAGGUCCCAAAUAACGGAAAAUGACAGUGACCUCUUUGUGGAUUUAGCAGCAAAAAUCACACAAGAUGAUAGUCAGAAAGGUCCCAAAUCCCAUCUUGAAAUUCUGGCUGAAAUGCGAGAUUACAAAAGGCGGCGGCAGUCAUACAGGGCUAAGAACGUUCAUAUAACAAAGAAGUCUUACACUGAGGUGAUUCGGGAUGUGAUUGGUGUGCAUAUGGAAGAACUCAGCAAUCACUGGCAGGAGGAGAAUAGGUUGGAUAAUGCAGAGAUGUGUGAAGGAGGAAAGUCAAAAUCUUCAGGAAGGAAGGAAGACAGGCGGUCAGCUUCGGUGGACUCCCGGCAGUCGGGAGGAAGCUCUAAAGAAACUGAAUGCACCAGGCAUAGGAGAGAGAGCAGCAGGAGUCCAAGUAAACGAAGGAGGAGUCGUGAAAGAGGCAAAGACAAGGAUUCUCGGAGAAAAAGAGAGAGAUUUUGUCAGUCAGAGCCUAACAGCCCACACAGUGUUUGUGGUUUUGUUUCAGGGAUGAAGAAAAGUAUCACAACUAUAAAAGAAGAAAGUAGAAGCAAGAACCUGAUUAUUUUGCCAGCUUUUCAAAAAAUGACUUGCACAAGAACUAUUAUUACUGCUGUUGUGCUAGGGACAGUAAUGCUGUGUACGUAUUAUUGGUGCUACAGCUGUGCUGGGAGACCAAAAGUGUGAAGGUUUGUCAGGAUGGAAGCAGUAUACAUCAGAAAACGUGUAUAUUUUUUCACUAAUGCAUCUCUUAAUAAAUUACAUUGAUCUCA